GUGCCGCAGCAGGCCCUGGCCGACGAGGAGGUCGUGGUUCGGCGCGGGGAUGUCGGUCUCGUGCGGCUCGACGACGUCUGGCCCCAUGCAGCGGAGGUGCCGGAGGGCGGGAGCUUCGACCGCUACCUCGCUCGAGCUCGUGGUGGCGACGGACGGGACCCACGCAUCGUUGGCGACGAGAGGGGCCCGGACGGUGGCAGGUUCAUCGACUUCCGCGAUUCGGUCCGGCGGAUGAAGGAGGCGACGAUUCCUGCAGGUUGGCAGCUGCAGGGCAAGAGGGCCGCGAAGGAGGAGCACCACGCGACCUGGCUCCGGCGCAGUGGUGUGGCCGAGCGAAGCGACGUGGCUCGGGAGCACCACAUGAUAUGCGUGGCGCUCCGUAUGAAGCAGCAGUUCGACCAGCCGGACCUGUUCAAUAUUGCGGCUGCGGAGUACCUCAUCCGGCGGCUCAAGCAACUGGAGGCCGCCGCGCGCAAAAACCCUCGGGCCCCAGACUUCGAGGGCCUCGAGCUCAUCCUCGACGCGGCCGUCGACGACACCGGCGGGAUGGUGCUGCCGGAGUUCGACGGCCGGGUGGGCGAUCAGGCGAAUCGGCAAUGGCAGGACGACAGGACGGCCGCGCAGCCAAAGGCGCCCCCGAAGGGGCCCAAGGGCGGCGGGGCCGACGGCAGCAAGUGA